CAUCAUGGCUCGGAGCAAUGCAUGUUGUCUGGUGCUUCUCCUCCUAUGUGGUGCACUUCUACUGGAAAUGAAUCCCGGGAUGACGGUGAUUAGCGCUGUAGCUUGUCCACAGUACUGCUUGGAUGUGGACUAUAUGACGUGCCCGUCCACCGGUGAUGAAAAACUGAGUCCCAAGUGCAACUGCUGCCUCGCUCUGAAAGGCUGCACUCUUCACCUGGCAGAUGGCACAUCGGUUUCUUGCCGUUGAAGAAAUCGGAAGUCUUCUCAAAAUGUUAUGUGAAAUAUUUCUGAUCGAACUCUGUGACUGAAUUGAAUAAAGAUCGCAAAAAAGAAGUGAAUAUUGCGUUGUCUUUAACUAAGGUAAUUC